CUCUUCGGGGCGCGCUGGGCUUUCCAGUUCUUUUUCCCUCACUGGACGCUGAGUGUUUUUCGUUGCCGAAAGGGGUGUUUCCGAAUGGAGCGAAGAAGCUUAAGACCGCCAAGUGUGCGUUUUCGCCGCUCUGGCCUCUUGCUGUUUGCCGCCCUUGGAUGCCUUGGUGUCGGGAUCAGCUUCACGGGCUCCAGCUCCUCGUGGUGGAGGGGUUUGUCGCCUCGACAAACACGGCGAGGUGCUGCAGUGGACAGCCCUCCUGCAACAGACACCAAGCUCUACGAUGUCCUGGGCAUCGGUAAAGAGGCUUCGGUGGCGGAUAUCAAGAAGGCGUACUAUCGCAACGCGAGGGAUUGUCAUCCCGACAAACAUCCCGGAAACGAGGUGAUGCGCGCCAAGUUUCAAGAGGUUGCAGAUGCCUAUGCCACGUUGGCAGAUCCAGUGCGCAGGCAGAAGUACGACCUGCAAGGCCUGGCUGGCUUAGCCUUCUUCAGUAACAAUGCCACCCGCUUGUUUGGACCUCCGCCAUGGAGAGUGCUGAUUGGGAGAACAGACCAUUGGCUCUGGACGGAGGAGCAGGCUGAGUACAUGAUCGGCCUGUUGGCGGCCAGCAUCCCCAAUGGCAUCGCUGGAGUCACGGUGAGAUCCGUGAAGUUGGCCUACGACGAAGCUUACAAGACCCGCGUGGCGACGCUGUUGGAGCGUGUGUCAGAGGAGCAGGCGAAGGACACGGUGGAUCAGCUGGAAGAGUUUGGACUGGCCGUGAAGGCUGAACCCAUCGAGGGUGAACGCUCCAACGAGCAGGAGACGCCAAUCCAGCACUUUAGGCGCAUUCAGCGCGAGCUGGGCGAGGCGUCCGAAACCUUGCGUCGCAUCUCCCAAGAGAUCCGACCCGAUGACAUCAACAAGGGUGAUGACUCAGAGUUUGACAGGUAUGUGGAGAUGGUGCGACAUCUUCGGAGUGAGCUGCGAGCCGCGGCCAAAGGACUGGAGGAGCACAAGCAGCGUAAAGCCACUGAGUCGACAGAGGUGUCCAACGGCGUUCGCGCCAACGGCGUCCCCGUCCCGCGGUGAGGCAGUCGAAACAGUCGAAACGCGGAGUUUUUUCAGCGGCCGCGCGGCCGUGGAGGUAAAAUAAUCUUCCAGAUCUUCAGUGGCGUUUCUAGUGGAAGGAAACAUC